AUGACGGACGGAUCCGACAUCAUCCUAAUUCUCGUGGCUAUAAUCCUGCCGCCUGCAGCAGUGGCAUUCAUCACUGGUUGCUCAUGUGAUCUGAUGAUCAACAUCUUGCUGACCAUCCUCGGAUACAUCCCGGGACACAUCCAUGCUUUCUGGCUCAUCUACAAGAAGAUGAAAGCCGAAGAGCGCUUCAACGGUGCCGUCCAAUACACAGGUAACGGCGAGUGGGUGCCCAAGUACGGCCAGCCUGUCCACCAGGUUCCGCCUCCCAGCUACGGAGCCACGCAGUAA